AUUCAUGCAAGGGGUCCUCACUGCUCAGGAGUCCUCCACUGCUCCAGAGUCAAAAUUCCACAGUGUCGUUGUGAGCAGCAGAACAGGAGGAGUUGGGCCAGAAGAGAAGAGCAAGGCGUCCUUAGGUGGUUUGAAGAUUGUCGCUUCCCUCACUGCUUUCCACAUCUGUCAAGCAGGUGGGUCUUGCGCUGGUUGAUUAAUUGUGGUAUGAAGUUGAUUCUCUCUGGUUCGGCCACGUCUCUUUCAAGGUGCAGCUGAUUAAUACGGCCCGUCUGGACUAAAAGCUUAGCUGGCCUUCCUUUCAAAGCAAUUGACGCACAAGCACUCUCGGCCAGAAGCAGGACGAUCUAGUAGGGGCAGCAAUGAGUGCAAACAUGCGGAGGCGCGGACGGCACGAGGAUGAGGCCUCCCAGCUUAGGAAGCCUCUGCUGUCAGAAGAAGAAGAUGCAGACCUUGGAGAGGACGUUUGGUAUGGCUCAGCAAGAAGGGCGUAUGAGCCAGUCUCGACGAGGAGUGCGGACGCCGAAGAAGAUGAUACCCACAAGACAUCAAGGGAACAUGCAGCCGCAAGCCGGUGGUGGCAGGACAACUUUGCGACAGUCCUACUCAAGUGGAUAACAUGGAUAGAGAUGUUGCCUGGGGCCUUCGGAAGCUUCUUGAACUACAUCGGAAGGAAGUUGUUUGGUCUGUUCCAGCCGUCAUCAACCAGUGGCCAAUUGCCGCCUCCAAAACUAUCGCCCAUUCAGGUUGAGAGGUUUGAGCGGUUGCGAGCACGGGCGAGCGUUCCAUUCAGCAGCACAAGUCCGUCACACCAAGAGGCCCUUCAAAAGCUGUGGCGGUUAGCAUACCCGCAUCAGCAGCUGACGGGCAUGGUGUCAGAGCAGUGGAAGGAGAUGGGGUGGCAGGGGACGGACCCUUCGACCGACUUCCGGGGCGGAGGAUUCAUCUCGUUGGAGAACCUGCUGUACUUCGCGGAGAAGCACCCGAGGGACUUUCAACGCUUGCUGAAGAAGGAGGACGGGGAGCGUGCGCAGUGGGAGUACCCUUUCGCCGUGGCGGGCUUGAACCUCUCCUUCAUGCUGGUCGAUCUCCUCGACUUGAAAGCAGAGGACGGAGUUCCCAGGAGCGCGCCAGGGCGGGGCUUCUUGCGCUUUCUUGAAGACGAUGACUCGGCUUUCGACGCUCUUUACGUGAGGGCUUUCCUGCUGCUGGAUGCCGAGUGGCUCAGGAUGCGGGCGUCUUACAUGGAGUUCAAUGUCGUCAUGAAGGCCGUUCGAGCGAAGCUAGAACAUUUGCUUUCAUCAUCGAGAUUGAAAAGCAUGGACGAGAUCGUACUAUAAACACCGACCCGCAUCUUUUGAAACCUGUCUUCUUCAAUCGGCUCGUGUGACCUGCUAGCUGGCCUUGCAAAUGCCGUUGUCAAGGGGCUAGCCAACACAAUCGAGUACUACAGUUAGUGAGUCCAAAGUUGAUUGUGCACCAUCACACACUUGGUCGACAAAGCGAUUCUUGUAAAUUGAGUCAGCGAUGCAUCCAAGAUGGCUAAGCUAGAGUGACGUGAUCGUCGCGCGCAAACCAGGCAAGUUGUCUUAUAUGGUGCAUUCAGUGCACAAGCUAUACAUAUCUUUUUGGCGCUGGGUCACUAUGCAGUGUUCGAC